AUGACGGCUGCAGCUGGAGCUUCCAACAAGGCCAAUGGCUUUUCUUUUAAGGGUCGCAGCUAGCAAGGAUUUCACAUAGAUUUCCACAGCAGUAUUCUUUUCCACAUUCAUGAUUUCCCACAGUGAGUUAGAAGAAAUCUAAAUUCACCGAACAAGAAGAAGAUAAACUCAAACAACUCAGGAAAGUGAAAAUGAAACCAAUGCAAGAAGAUGAACUUAGAGUCUAAUUAUAUAGAUGAUGUUGAGUAGUACGAUUUCUAACUUUUGGGUUGGGUACGAGGAUGCAGGUGACCAAAGCGGGCGAAUCGCUCUCGUGACUGGUGCGAGCCAAGGAUUUGGGCUCAAUCUAGCGAAAGACCUGUUGAAGCACACGAAAAUUGCGAAGGUUUACCUUGCUUGUCGGAACGAGUUGAUUAAGAUGAGAAUGGAGCAUAAGCAUACUUGACUCUUGACACGAAAACAAUGUCAUUAUUUUUGAAAGAAUCGCACACGAGUCUUCAAUUUUCCGAGGUAUGCGGCGCUGUACUUAUUUAGUUCCUUUGUCAUCAAGAUGAAAAUACAAAUAGUAUUAGCGUUGUCAUGUAAAGUAGCUCUUCUUCUGGUUUCGUGCCUUUUCCAAAAAAACAACACUUAGGAACAGCAGACAGCUGAAAGCUUCACAACACUCCCAACAAGAUCGUUAAAUCAAUGCCUUACACUCUUUGGCUUUAAAGUUAUUUAGUUCCUUUGAUUAUCUUCCCAGCUACUACGUAAUGCUGAGGAUGUGGUGUCAACUUUGGUAAGCAACGUUGGGCCUGGGGAGGCAGAAGAUGUCAGGAGCAAGAAUGCGGGCGUGAUCCCUAUAACUUGAAGACUCGGCGUGCUAUCUGCGAUGAACUUUCGCGCGAUUCUCGUGCGGAAUUCCUUCGCCUCGACCUUGCUGAUUUGGCCAGUGUCGAAAAUUGCGUCCGGGAGGUUGUGCUAGCCUUGAGCAAGGUGGAGAGCUUUGUUCAGGUAGUACUCUCUGAGUUCACGCGAUCAAAUCCAAUUUUCUUCACUGAAAAAAUACAAGACUUGUUGUCCCGUCCUUAAUGAUAAUGUAGACUCAUUUUCUAAGAAGUACUAACACUAUUUUCUAGGGGUAGGGUCGGUAGUCCCUAUCCCCAACCUUAUUGCCUGCAACCGCAUUACACGACUCUUCUACGUUUUGUGGGGGAUAAUUAUCCAAUCUUGUAUUUGCACCCUUUUUUCGUUAAAUGACCAGGCAGGCGGGUAACAAGAUUGAUUUGUUGGUCCUGAAUGCGGGAUGCAUCUGUCCGGCGGAGAUUCAGCGUACGAAAGAUGGCUUUGAUUAAGGCUAGCUUAUCACUAUCCGGUGAGACGACGUAUCUUGAGUGGAUUCCGUCCCGUCUGGAGUCACGGGAAAUCUAAGGGGAAAGGAGACAAGCCAUUCGACCACGAAUAGUGAGAAUCUAGCCUUAUAAUUUAGGCAGACCAUCGGUGUCUGCCAUCUUGGGCAUUUCGCGCUCACUGCGCGGCUCUAUGCCGCAGAUUGUCUCGCCGACACGUGCCGAGUCGUGACAGUGGCAAGUGUCGCGCACACUUUCUCACUUUUCUUAAGAAGAUUUGGAAAUUAGUAUGUAUUUUUCGAAACAUCUACAUCUAUUUUCGUAUUGAUGGAGGUAGAGGUUCUGCUUCUGGUUCAAUACGUAUCUAUGAGAGAAAAGUCUAUGUGUAUGUAUAGGGAUGAAAACUCUAUAGAAGCGGGAGCACGUCGUGGUCGUCGUUUAUUAUCAUGAUAUGGACGCGACACCUCCAAUGAAGUCGUGGCUCGGAACAGCCUGUACUAAUUUUUGGGGUGCAGGUGGGGGAUUUAAACUGGAGAAACCGGCGAUAUCACUUUGGUGAGGCCUAUUUUCAAGCGAAAUUAGCGAACGUCUUGUUUCAUAAGGAGCUUGCGAGACGCGUCGGAAACGGUUGGGCCGUCGAACAGCGCAAAAAUUAGGGCUCACGACGAUAUUUCAUUUCAUCUGGGGUUUUCUAUGCAUUUCCCUGCUCCUGAAGUUAACCUUUGGAACCGCUAAAAGGAUAGCGACGCUAGUAGUCAAGUCACCAUGAGGACGAGGACUGAAUCACGCAUAGGACGUGUAAAAACUCUAAGCAAUUAAGAACACGGACACAUCAUCAAAAAUGAAGGCGAUUUGCGUGAAUCCUGGGUAUGGUGACAGCGGUUUGUAUCGGGACGUGCCAUGGUACGUGAACACUUUUUUUACGCGCUUCUUCAGUCAGAAAAUAGAGAAUCUGGCUGCGAAUAUUUUCCGGGCAUGUUGCGACGACAACCUCGAUUCAGAUACCUAUGUGCGUCCAGGCUGGUUCGGUUUCUACGGAAGUCCUAUCAUUGGCAGCGUGAGCCGGCGAGCGGAAGACCCGGACACUGCAAAACAACUAUGGAAAGAAAGUGAACGGCUAACGGGUGUCAAAUUCGAAAUCUAAAAUGUCAAUGUUUUUGCUACUAGGAUCAAUCUUUGCUAGUCGCUAAGUAGGAAGGUGAUCGGGAUGAACGUGAACCAAAACUAAUCAGCGUGUACCUUUUCAGAUUUUUCAGGUGGUGAACCAGCUGCGGAUGAUGAACAUGAAGACGAAUCAAUCCACCAAUAUUUUACACAGUGAAAGAAACGACAUCAGUCUCGGAUAAUCAAGAAGUGGCUGACAUUCUCCUCGAUGAAGGCGCGUGAUCAAAAUUUCCAGAAACUCAAGAGCGAGAAAUACUAUCGGGGUCCUUUUUGUCAAAGUUGAUGUGGGAGGACGCGACCGGUGUUGAGCUACAUUACAAACAAAACGAACAAAAUCUGGUAAUCAAUGGCCCUAGAUUUUGGAAGUCUAGCUGUCUCGUUGUUUUUUUUUUCAGGGUCGUUCUUCCUUGUCAGGCGUUCGCCAAAUUUCGCAAUUCACGCAGCUCAGAAAAAGU